AUGAGGGGAUUAGAAGUAGCAGUUGGCUCGGAACAUUCUGAAGCGAUGGUACAGUACGCGAUUACAUUAGCAACAAGUAAUAUUAACAAAUUAUUUAUGAAUCGUAUUGGUUUAGUUGUCCGUUGGAUACCAUAUUCGGAAAAAUCAGAAACUGAAAUUUACUCAAACUGCAAGGUUUUAAUCAAUAAUUACCAAUGGUCACAGUGGACAGAAUUUGAGAAACAAACUGAUCAACAUUGCGGUAUUAAAAUAUAUAUUCGAUAUUAUAAUUUGAGAAUCAUAAAAGAAAUUCAAACUAUCCGCGGGCAAAUAUUACCAACGCAUUGUCCUGCAACAGUACAGUAUAAACGUAUAUGGGAACGUGCUUGUUGUCCUCGAAAUAAUCUGCAACCACUUGAAAAUUACCUCAAUCUUUCAUACGAUAAGGCAUUCUGCAUUGUAAAAUCUACUUUACGUAAUGUUAAUGCAAGUAAAUUGUCAACAAUAUGUGAAAUUGGCAAAUUAUGGGCACCAUUACCAAUAGCGGCUUUUUCUGUGAAUAAUUCGUAUCAACGAAAUAAUGUUGUCAAAAGUUACGGUAUAUUAUAG